AUGAGCGCCAACCCGCAGUGGGACAUCAGCAGGGCGCUCGGGGUGGCUAGGCUCUUCCACCUGGUGUGUGGGGUCCGGGAUGCCUGCGUGACCCCGUUCCUGACCCUCUACCUGAGGCAGCUGGGCCUAACGGCGCCCUGGGUGGGCCUCCUAAUGGGAACCAAGCACCUGAUCGCAGCCUUCUGGGCUCCCUUCUGUGCCUUCCUGGCCAAAAGCUACCAGAAAAGGAGAGUGCUUCUGAUAGGCUCGCUGCUCGGCUCGGUGGGAGCCAGCCUGCUGAUGGUCCUGGUCCCGCCUUUGGACAAAGACCUGGUGUAUCGUUCAUGUAAUGGGAGCAGCAGCGUGACCACCACAGUCAUACCACUGGGGGUCUCACGAACAGUGAACAUCACCUCAGCGCAAGAGGCGACCUCAAACCACCGAGCGGGGCCUCCAGGUCUCCUAGCCAAGAGUACUGGAAUCAUGGAAACCUCUGGCUUCAGAAUAGGAGCUGAUGAAAGUCACCAAGAGCCUUUCAGUCAUCUGCCCAACUACUUGGUGGACUCUGUUGAAGGAGCCAGGACGACAUCCCAAGUUCUCCAUCACGUUACCUCUUUUGAGGUGGUCAAAACUGCCCUCUCUCUGCUUCCUGAGGGUACAGAGCUGGGACGUCCAGCCAACUUGUCCGUAGUCAAGGGGAAAGCCCAGGCCCUUGGCCUCUCCUUGGAAGGGUUGCGGUGGACUUUCAUCCUCUCCUUGGGGUCCAUGGUGUUCUGGGAGCUGCUGACAGCCCCCCUGGAGCAGGUGGCAGAUGACAGCCUUUAUGAAUACCUGGACUUUGUGGAUGCCACUGAUCGCUACCGAAGCCUGUGGGUCGGGAGGUUGCUGGGCAUGUCAGUUGGUGUGUGUAGCAUCUCUGCUUUGGUGGGGCAGCUGGACUGCUUCCUGAUGACAAAUGGCCCCCGGGGUGUGGUACACUUCUAUGGCUACUCACUUGUCAGCACCCUGGCCCUACUGGUGAGCAUUGCCUUUCCUGUCCCCAUCUGCAAGCGGCGGGAGCCCAGCUACAAAACCAUCAAAGCACUGUCACUCAUAGGGGGCGACCCCCGUCUCAUUCUCCUUGCCUUCACUGUCUUUUUGGUGGGAGCUGCCACCAGUACUGUGCAGAACUUUCUGUUCUGGCACAUGAAAGACCAUGGCAGCAGUGAGCUGGUCAUGGGCUUCUCAGUCGCCCUCAGCUUGCUGGGGGAAAUUCUACUUCAUUCGUUCAAGAUUGCAUUGCUUAAGAAACUGUCCAGGGUGGGCACGGUGGGGCUGGGGCUGGGCUGCCUCGCUGGACAGCUGCUCUACUACUCCUUCCUGUGGAGCUGGUGGUCCGUCCUCCCUGUCCAGAUCUUGAGUGCCUUCAGCAGCGGUGCUCUUUGGUGGGCAGUGGGGGCCUCGCUAGAGGACCUGGCCACCCCAGGAACAGAGAGGUCUGUGAGUGCCAUGUUCCGAGGCCACUUUUACGGGGGCGGGUCUAGCCUGGGCAGCUUUGUAGGGGGCUUCGUGGUGAUGUACUCCAGCCUCACUGUGCUCUACCAGGCCUGUUGCGUGGUCCUACUGCUCUGGCUGGCCUUGUUCCUCACCAUCCAGGCACGGCUGCCUCAAGAGCGGAAGAUCAACUACUCAGAGUUACUGGUCAUGGAGGCGAGCGACACCAGUGACUCUGAGGAGGGGUCCGAGCGGGACUGGCUUGUGAGGGCCAUGAGGGAGGAGCACUCAGACUGGAAGGGGUGA